CGUUCGUGCCAACACUUCCAUUGUCGUGAACUCAAUGAUGGCUGAACUGAUUGAGAUGCACUGGACUAUGCUCAUCGGUUGGCUUGCAAAGCGCAGCAUCAGGCGGAUCUGUAUAUCGUGUGGAGUGACAGCUCUGAUGUUCCAUCUGAUCCGACGUCUUUAUCAGCAGCAUCAGCAGAAUGAGAGGUUACGGAAGAAGCGAGACUCUGUCAAGCAGAACAUCAAUGCUGUGAGAUCCCAACUGGCACAGGUGGACGUUACCGAUGAUUUACUGGCGCUCACGGACUUGGGAUUGGGUGAGCUGAGCCAAAAGAUUGCUUCUGGAGAUGUUACACCAAUCCAGUUGCUUCACGCUUUCCAGACCAAGGCACUGCAAUUGUAUGAGAAGGGCAAUUCAGGGAUUUGUGAAUUCGUUCUACAGGCGCAAUCCGUUUUUGAAGGUAGUUCGAUUGAGGAGGAACAGGAGGAGCAUUUGUCAACAAUGCGAAAAUCCCCACUGUACGGCAUCCCGAUUAGCUUGAAGGAAACAUUUUGUAUGAAGGGAUAUGACAGUACUGGAGGUCUGAUUAAGCGCUGCAAUUCUCCAAUGGAAGAAGAUUGUGUGUUGGUCACCGUAUUACGGAAGGCUGGUGCUAUCCCAUUUGUUCGAACAACAACAUCACAAGCUAUGCGUGCUCUCGACGGAACGAACCCUGUGUUUGGCGACACGACCAAUCCAGUCAAUGCGUCUAGGAUAGUUGGCGGUAGUUCGAGUGGUGAGGCGGCUUUGGUUGCACAACGUGGUGCACCUGUAGGAAUCGCCAGUGAUAUUGGAGGUAGCACUCGUAUCCCCGCGGCAUUUUGUGGUCUGGCCAGUUUGAAGCCCACGGUGAAUAGACUGAGUUCAGUGGGUUGUCUUAAUCUGGCAAGGCACUCGGUUCUUGUGUUACAAGCUUGUCCGGGUCCUGUAGCGAGAAAGGUAGAUGAUUUGGCAGGUGUACUGCGUAGUCUGCUGACGCCAGUGAUGUUUGAUUUGGAUCCGCGCGUUCCAACUAUGCCGUUUAACGAAGAAGCAUUUAACGGUUCCACUAAGAAAAAAUUGACAAUAGGUUUCUACAGAACCUUCCGUGACCCGUGCUUGGUGCCUGCCGCUGCUGUGGUCGGUGAAGCUAUAAAUCACGCUGUAUCUAUUCUCGGAAAAGCUGGACAUCGAAUCGUUCGGUUCAAGCCCCCAAACCCGGCCAAGGCCUAUAAACUAUUCCUCCGAUGCAUCUUUGCUGAUGGGGGCUGGGAACUGCGCCGCCUUCUAUCCAACGAGCCCGUGGUAUCUCAUCUUCGUUUCCUCAACCUUGUGCUGUCCUCUCCGAGAUGGCUAAAGUUCACUAUCGACAUUUUCGCCAGAUUUGUUGGCUUUGGACCGGUAGCAGUUGCGCACACAAUGGGUGGUCUUCGAAGUGCUCAAGCUGCAAUUGAUCUCCUCGUUGCUGUUCGUGAAUAUCAAAAGGAAUUUCAUAAGAGUUGGCUGGAGGCUGGAGAUCUGGACGCCGUUGUUUGUCCGGCCUUUCCGUAUCCGGCGCCGCCAGUAGACACACGCGCCAUGUUUGUGAUGCCUGGCAUUGCCUAUGUGUCAUUGUAUAAUCUUGUUGAUUAUCCAGCUGGUACUGUGUCAACGGGAUUCGUAGACCAUGUAAACAUCAUUGAAUCAAACAAGCUAGCCAUUGACAAACAUCUCGAGGGUGAUAGGUACGGUUCAAGGAUAGCUGCAAUGCAGAAAGGCAGCGAAGGAUUACCGGUUGUGGUUCAGGUUGUGGGAAGACCAUUUCAGGAGGAAACCGUACUUCGUGUUAUGCGUGUCAUCGAGGAAGGCGCUUCUACUCGUGCAGGUUAA